CAUGYGCAAUUUAGUUAGYGCCUACAAAUAACAAAUCUGAAACAGGAAGUGUGAACUCACCUUCAUUUAUGGGAUUCCUGUGGAAUAUCGAAUCGUUCGGGAGUUCUCAGAACUACAUUGCCUCGACGAAAAUGGCAGUUCUCAGAAAUCUUUUCUUUCUUCGUUUUAAAAACAUAUUUGGAAACAAAAUGUGAUUUUUCUGCUGCAUUCUCCGCUUUGUUUUAGGAUUAUAUGGUUGUCUAUGGCGAAUGUUGAUAAUAUUAUGCGUAAAGACGACAACAAGAAAGAAGUAUUCCGACUGUGGGUCUGUCUGGUGCAACAGUAAACAAUCGUAAAUGGUAGGUAAUCGCUGAAUUCAUCAAUAUGGCCUCUAAUUACGCACAAUGGACUUUAUACUGUUACAAAUGCAAACAUCAGCUUGCAACCAGUGAUAUACUGAUGAUUGGCAUCGUCCCUCCGUCGCAGCAUCACUUGGCUGUAAGAAGAGGCUGCGAGCUAAAAGCAGUGCAAUAUUUACGAAAAGAAGAUGUGUUGGAAGCAGACUCCAAAAGGUCUUUAUUUCGUCUUCUGUGUCAACAUUGUAAUUCUAAAGUUGGAAGUGUUGAACAAAUUGAAGGAAACGAGGUAAUGUGCCUGAAAGCUGAAGCGGUCUCAGUAAAGAAUAUGUUUGGUGGCGAAACCCACGAGAAAAAAAUGAAGAAGCUUAUACCUGAGUUAGAAAAAAUCGGCAUUGAAAGGGUUAAACUGACACGUUUGGCRUCGUACAAUCACGCAUGCUCCAGAGAAGCCUCAACACCACUAGUCUAUUGUGAUACCAGUCAGCUUACAAGAGAAGACAUCAACUCCUUUACAGUUCAAACCCCACGAGACUAUCAACGUGAAUURUUCACAUAUGCUAUGCAAGGCAAUUCCCUAGUCUUUCURCCUACAGGAUCAGGAAAAACCUUAAUUGCUGCAAUGGCCAUCAGUUGCAUGAAGAAGCUUAACCCAAGAAAACUUGCCGUGUUUAUUGUUGAUCGAAUUCCGUUGGCUCAUCAGCAAGCCGACUACAUUAAGGAGCAUACUAAGGGUUUGGAGGUUUCGGUGUUAGCAGGAGAUAGGAAUGAAGACGAGACAGUUAAGACGAGAAUCAUGRAUAAUCUUAUUGAAAAAAAGACUGAUGUACUUGUGCUUACACAUCAGAUCUUUUUGAACAUUCUAUCUGAUGAAGAGGGCGUGGUGAAGCUGUCUGACACGUGUAUUCUUGUAAUCGAUGAAGCCCAUCGUUGUCAAGGGAACCACCCAUAUCACCAGAUUAUGAAAGAUCACUACRUUAAACUAAUAGAUAAGUUCAAACCGCUAGUACUUGCCCUAACAGCAUCCCCUGCAGGUGAAACGUGUCCACAGAAAACUAYUGAAAGCCUUCAAGGGCUUYUAACAAGACUCUGUUCUUCAGCACGAAUGCCUAGCAAGUCGCAAGAUCUCCUUAUGUACACUCAUAAGCCUAAGACAACCUACAAGAUGAUACCUCUGACAUCAUACCAACARGAACUAGAUGAAGCUAUAGUGAACUUCCUGGCCUUCAUCGGGGGKCUGCUGGCCACAUAUGGGAAGUGCCCAGAUAUACUGAAGCUUUCUCCAAAAUCAACUAGUUACAGAGGAUGUUUGAGACAAAUAAUUGGCCAAUGUCACGAUCARCAAGAACAUGACGGCUAUGCACUAAGUGAGCUGGUCAUGCAUCUGCUUGGUAUUUURGAGAUCAAUGACGUUCUGGGUUUACGUCUUGCCAUUGAGUGUUUGGAAGAAUGCUUUGAGYUUAUCGAAAACGAGUCUUCACCAAAUGAAAGGCGAAAGAAAACCAUUCUUCAAUCAAAAMCAACAUUUCGCAGACUYAAAGAACAAGUCAAGUCAAYCAARGCGCAUGGCUUAUCUCGUAAGACCAAUGAAAAGUUUUCAUACCUUGUAGAAGAAUUGAAGCUCUUUUCCMGGCAGACUGACCAAGAUGACACCAGUCGUGGGAUCGUUUUUGUYCAAACACGAAAAACAGCACACAAAUUUUGCGACCUUCUUCUUUCCUAUCCUGAAAUUUCCAAACUAAAUCCCAAGCCUUUUGUGGGUCAUGGAGAUGGUGGAACAGAUGGMAUGGAGUGGCAAGACGAGCAAAGGAUUACUCUGAAGCAAUUCCGCCUAGGUCGAACAAAACUUCUGAUUUCAACCAGYGUUCUCGAAGAAGGCUUGGAUGUCCCAAUUUGCAACAUGGUCAUUCGCUUUGAUAGUUUGACAUCCCUUAGAGCACAUGUGCAGUCACGAGGAAGGGCCUCACGGCGAGCUAAUAGCAAGUUCAUCUUGAUUUUUAGCGAUGAAAAAAGUUACCAUGAUGAACAAAUGGUUGCUGUGAAGGAAUGUUACAUGGAACAGGSCAUGAGGCUUCUCCAUAACACAUCACAAGGGAUUGACACUCAGGCAAGGAAGUUUUCAUGUCAAGUCCAAAAACCAGUAUUGCUACAGSAGCCCACKCCCAUUAACCAGGCCAACAGAGCAUUACAGCARCGAUAUGACGUUGUUGCUACUAACACUGUUAGCGUGUUAGUAGUUCUCCCAGCCGAAGAUAUGCAACAAUACUUGGUCGCUGUCAGAUUCUUUAGACAGAAUCAAUUUGAAAUCAAAGAAAUGAAUAUUGAAGCUGUCAAUGAAGCUGACAACACACCAACUGCUWUAAAGUUCAAAAUUGAGUGUGGUGAAAAUGAAAACUCGGAAUUUCUAGAACGUCUCGCUCUGUCUUGGUGUGACCAACAGAAUGUCGCMCUAUCSUGGCUGGAGCAUCUGGAUGACACCCGAAGAAGAAGAACCGCUGAGGUCGUAAAUGUCCUAUCARGCGAAUCAUUCUGCAUCGGAUAUUUUCGUCGAAGGAAUCAUUUUUGCCGACACUGGCCGAUCGUACAUCCAAGAGUGGAUUUGCAAUUUGUUCGAUUAGUCUUCCAGCACGAUCUUAAGUCUUUGUUGAUUUUGUUCACUGUGCGUGAGCCUCUGUCAACAAACUUGUAUGAGRUCGAGAUCAGCUACAGUUUGUUGGAGAACUUUCUACUUGUGGACAAGCAGMAUGGGUAUUCCAACCUCUUUUUAUUCCUGAAGCAUCCACCGAAGCUGUAUAAAACACACAAGGUAGCAAUAUGGGAAGCAUAUUUACUAAAUGAAGUAGUUGUUGAUGGUAACGAUAAUAAUGAAAACGAGAAUGAUGAUUCGGGUUUCUUCGAGGAGAUCCACAGCAGUGAUGACGAGRUUGACCAAGGAAGUGAUGAAGACAUGCAAGAAGGCGAUGAUGAGGGCUAUGAUAAUCGCCUACAAAACGAUGACAAUGUCAUUCGCACUGGAGAGAAUGAAAAUACAUUUUCUCAUCCAAUACUGGGCGUCCUAGACAAGAUUACAGGMUGGUCUCGAGUUCCAUUCAUUGAUGACAGUGAAACAUCGUUUGGAAAAUGUUUCAGCUACAUGAUCACUAUCUCCGAUGUGGAUUUCAUUGAGCUAUUGACAAGCCUAAGGAACACAGACAAGAAGGUCUAUUUUUCAGGAGUUGCAGAUGUAUUUAUGCCCUUAAAAGAUCCUUCAGACUUGCUUCUUCAUCAAGAACUCGAMCAAGAGGUCGCAUACGCUUUACAUUGCCUCCUAUGUAACUAUCCUUCCCUAGUCGGACGAAUCUCAGAMAAUUUCRYUCGUCUUCUCAGUGAGACYYCUAAAAAUGCUGCUUUGGCUGGUUUGGAGGACCUCKCUAACAAAGYWGCACARGAUAUUUUCUGCCAACCAGAUGAAACACUUGGAAGAAUYYUACAGUCACCAAAUUUGAGACCUAAACGAUUCAUGGCGAGACACACACCAAGUCACUGCGCUCUAGUGAAACGCCUCAUUGUCACUCCAACUCGGCUGCUAUUUGGUCCCGAAGAAAUCAUUCAAAACAACCGAGUCCUGAGAAACUUYGAUCCUUCCCAUUUCAUGUGCGUGAACAUCCGUGAUGAAGACUUCUCAAGGAUCUCUGGAUCGAGUGCCGAYCUGACAGAAGUGCUUGUUUAUUUGAAGGGYAUCAUUGACAGAGGUAUUGGAGUUUGCGGUGAUCAKUACUUGUUUCUUGGUUGUUCAAACAGUCAACUACGUAACCACAGCUUCUGGCUUGUUAAGGCUUGUGCAAAGCCCGACGAAAUWCGUACCUGGAUGGGAGACUUUUCAUCCAUAAGAUGCAUCGGGACUUACGUYUCCCGCAUGGGUCAGUGCUUCUCUACGUCAUUAGAUGCUGUGGGUAUCGCCAUUGACCAGGGAGUCAGUUGGUCUCCAGAAGAUGACGUCAAGUCUGAUGAUAAUAAGUACUGCUUCUCUGAUGGUAUUGGUCGCAUAUCGCGCGAACUCGCCAAUCAGGUUACAAAGAUGAUUGGUAAGAAAUUYAAGCCAUCAGCUUUUCAAAUUCGUUUUGCUGGAUGUAAAGGUGUCUUGGCAAUUGAUGACUCGUUGACUGGUAAGAAGGCGUUCUUUCGUAAAAGCAUGACGAAGUUUCAAUCCAGUCAUCGUCGCUUGGAGGUUCUUGCUACUUCACGCCCUCAGGCCGUGUAUUUGAAUCAUCAGUUGAUAAUGCUGUUGUCCAAUCUUGGAGUUCCUGACAUUGUGUUUAUCAAGCUCAUGCGCGAGGCUCUUAAUAAUCUUGCAGGAAUGCUGCUUGAUGAACGCCAAGCCGUCCGUCAGCUCUGUUCAACUGUUAAAACAGGCAUCGCAUAUAACACUCUCAGUGAAGUUGGAGUAGCUUUGACCGUUGAACCGUUCUUUAGGUGCGUCAUUGCGUCAGUUUACCAUGAUCACCUCCAUUCUCUUCUAACAAGAUCAAGAAUCAAACUUAAYCCAAGGAAAGCAAGGCUUAUGAUGGGUGUAAUGGAUGAAACUGGUGUCUUACAAUAUGGCCAGGUUUUCGUCCAAUACUCGGAGUGCUCCAGCGACCCAAAAAAUUACGAAGACUUCGACCUUGAUAAGAGAUGUGUUUUACGAGGCCCUGUCAUGGUAACUCGUAAUCCCUGCCUACAUCCGGGAGAUAUGAGACGGCUGGUUGCUGUGGAUGCACCACAACUACAUCAUCUUGUAGACUGCGUGGUGUUCCCUAGAGUAGGACCCAGGCCACACCCGAAUGAGAUGGCUGGAGGAGAUCUUGAUGGCGAUUUGUACUUCGUAACGUGGGACCAGGAUCUUCUCUCUGACACGGAUAAGGAACUAUUUCCACCAAUGAACUACGAUCCACCUCCAAAACAGGAGAAAACAGACGACGUCACGACUGAAGACAUGACGCAGUUCCUUAUUGACUACAUACGUUGUGAUCAACUGGGCAUCAUUGACAAUGCACACAAAGCUCAUGCUGACCUUGAAUCCGAGGGCAUUGAGUCAGAUAAGUGUCUUCUAUUGGCUCAAGCUCAUUCUUUAGCAGUUGACGCACCAAAAACAGGCCGUUGGCCAACUUUAGAACCAAWKGAAAUCAAAGUUAAAAAAUACCCAGAUUUCAUGAUGAAGAAUGAUAAACCCAGUUACAAGUCUAGUAAGGUCCUGGGAARGCUCUUUUGUGCUUGUCGAGCUCUUAAAAGAAACAACGACCAAAACCCCAGCGUCCAAGUUAAACGACCAGUUAUUGAUGGUGCCUUUAUUGUCCCGGGAUACGAAGUCUUCUUGAGCCAAGCGCGUUCGUUGUACUUCAAAUACUGCYACARUAUCAAGCAGAUAAUGUCAACUUACGGAAUUGCCUCUGAAGCUGAGUUGAUUUCGGGCUGUUAUCGUAAACUCUACAAACGCCUAAGCCGAGAAAGAACCGAAGUUGCAGAAAUUGUGACUACAUUAGUCGAGGAUAUCAGAGCAAAGUUCAGGGUGAAGUUUUUCAAGGAGUUUCACUUGGACGCCUCACGUCACAAAGCGCGGGAAUUAAUAGACAAAAGAAUCCAUCAGAAGGCUUGCGCUUGGUAUCACGUGGCAUACGCUGAAGAACCUAGUACCCAUGACAGACGGUUUCUUAGUUUUCCUUGGAUUGUUGAUGACGUCAUGGCAAGUAUCAAAGAAGUGAAGAGAAAGCUCGCGCGCAAAGAAUCACUGGGAAGCCCCUCCGACAUGAUUACAUCACCCAAGAUGACUGAUGUCACUCAAGGUUUGAUGAAGUACGUUGUCGAUGAGAAAGAUGCGUUACUUAAAGAUUACAAGAGAAGGUUAAGUGGAAGAAACCAAGUCGCGAAUCAAAUCCACGUCUUCAAUCCAAACCUACGCGUCGUUGCAUUUGGCUCAACUGCAACAUUUCUGUUUAAAGAAGACUCUGAUGUUGACUUGUGUGUCUUUAAGAGAUCACCAAACCAGAGGCCUUCUACCAAAAAGGAGCAGUUGAAACUACUUAAGCAAUUGAAGGCAGUCCUUUGUAAGCUGUUUACCAACGUUCGUCUUGUCGACAGGGCAAAAGUACCGGUAAUUUCUUGCAGGAAAUUCAAACCAAGCGAGGUACCUGCAUUCUCCAUCGACGUUCCUUUUGACUUGAGUGCGUCUACUGAUGGCUUAGACAAAGCGGUCAUGAUAACCGCUUACAUCAUGUCAUAUCCAACAUUAUUGCCUCUGCUCCGUUUCCUGGUCACCUGGGCUAAAGUAUCUGGACUAACUGGACACGGAGCACGAAUGAUUGCWAACAGUAAUUSUUUAGUGUUYAUGUUCUUGGCGCACUGUAUUGCCAAUCGSUACGUGAGUGAAUUGAGUGAUGRCGUCGUUCAACAUUUCUAUACACAAAAYUCGUCAGACUUUCUUCAAGAAUGGGAAAAUGCUCUUCCAGCAACAACGACGUUGUAACGUUCAAUCCUUACCACUCCUCUCAUCACCCUCAGCAUGACGGGACGCGUCUWUAUAYCCCCGUGUUGUCGGCACCCUCAAGAGGAGAYCGACAAACUUCAAACCAUGUGUACAACUCAUUCAAACAGAAGUUCAUCACUCAAUUUGCAUUGGUUUCGCGAGAUCACGAGGAGUCUUUACACGGUGUCUUAGAAUUCGURGUACAUUUUGGCCGCAUUUACAUCUUUCGGSUCCCCAAGUCUUUUAUUGAAGAUCCCGAAGCGGUAACUAUCAAAAUGYUACAAGCAAACCUCAACCGAGACUGCAAAGCARCUCGAACAAGGGCUAAUAAACCUCGAGAUGAUUUAGUAGUCACUCACUCUGGCGCCACAAGAAGGAAAAAGAAGCGACGAUCAAGGAAGAAAAAGUUAAAGCAAGAAGAAUCCCAAAAUGAMAAAAAGAACAAGAAACCAAAGGAGAAGCCGUGCAGAAGCUCGUAUUUCACGACAGUMAAAUCAAGCGAGGCAGUAAACUGGUUUUUCCAGCGWCACGGGUUUACUGAAAGAGAAUCGUAUGAAUGCUACAAUGUUCACAUACAAACAGAUGGCGACGACUUCUCCCUUAAAUUUGAUGGCGCCCUUUGUUUCCAAGAGCUUAAUUUUACGCCCUUGAGAUGGAGCGUUACUGAUGUCAAACGACGAUGGUCAMGGAGCCCYAAMGCCACCCAAGAAGACGGAACAGAGAGUGACAUUCGAUUUCUWCUACAAUCGCGACGUUCCUUGAACAAGAAUGAAAUURUUGACACCGAGUAUGAAGUGUWCGUGGACAUAAUGAAAACCACUGCGCCAUCUUCAAACACAGCCAAGAAGCAGAAACGACCCUUUGAAAUCAAGGAGGAGUUGUGGAAGCAAGUUUUUAUGGUGCGACACAAGAAAACACGAAGGUUCCGUAGUUUGGCAGGUCGCUACGACAGCUCCCUCUUCAUUGACAUCACUGAAGUAACAGAGUAUUCGCGACCAAAAGCGGAAUGCUCCUGCUUUCGUAAGGUUUUCACUMGACACGAACUGAACCUAGAACUUGACCCUCCGCAACUUUCAGGUGACGAAAAUACAGUUUCACAAUUCUUGUCGCAAGUUUGGAAACUUGCAUUUAGUGUCUCUGAUUGCGUCUCGGUCUAAAAAUGAUUCACGCAAGCCUUCCUGCUGACAGAACCUCUAGUAUGCAUCUUUUUUUAAUUUUUUUUUUUGUCUUGAGCGCAUAACCUAGAAAAUAUGUUAACAAUUAGGAAUUUGAUUAAGAUUUGCCGGAUUAUAAUAUGCAUUAUACCAUAGUUAAUAACUAUGAUUAUACAUUGUAUAUGUUUAUACACCCGAAACCGUGCAAUUACAAAAAUUGUUAUGUAACAUCAAGAAAUUAUCAACGUCUAUUUUAGWUUCUGGAUUCUGAAAAUAUCUUCAAGUAUUGCGUUCACAUCUGAUUUGCAUAAGUGUUUGAAGUGUUUACCUCUUGUGUUAAAUGACGUUGCCAAUCAAAUAUAUUGUGACGACRUUUGAGAGAGAUCACGACUACAGUUGGUGCCAUAUAUAGUUCAUACGAAGUCUCUAAAACAUCUCCCUUCCAAGAACCUCUGUAGAUGGUUAUUAAUGUGAUUUUAAAAAUAUCCGGAUACGUUUAUACGCAGCCUGAGUUCCCGAGUCUGAAUCGGAAGUUCAGCCGGUAUGGCAAAGAUGUGCUGUCACAUACCAAAUGUCUUCGCUUAUACUAUUAGCGCAACAAAAUAAUCCUGAUGAGAAAGAUACGACCUUGUGURAAUAAACUAUCUGAAACUYGCSGAAUACAUAAAGCUGUAAAAAGUA